AUGUCUCGACGUUCAAGAUCCAAGCCUCUCCCAAAACCUCCAGCUCAAGAAUUCCCUGAUGACGAAGAUAUAGGGGACGACGAAGCUGAAGAUCUAGAUGAGGAGCAAGAAAUAACCAGAUGUGUGUGUGGAAAUGAUGAAUUGAUACAGCUGCAAAUCAAUUCUAGUUUGCAGACACUCUUACUCAACGAAUACCAAAUAAAAAUUGACCUGGGGUUGUUCAUUCAGUGUGACAAGUGCUCAGUCUGGCAGCAUGGAUACUGUGUUGGGUUGUUCAUUAAUGACGAUGUGCCAGACAAAUACUGGUGUGAACAGUGUAGACCAGAGUAUCAUAUUGCAGUUGUGGAUGAUGCUCGGACGUUGUACAAGCCAGUCAAUGAAAAGAGGAAAGUAUUGGUUAACUGGAGUAAUGAUACCAGCACCCAUGGGAAGAGAAGGGCAGGGAAAUCAAGGACCAGCGCUAGUCCGACUGGUCCUGUCGGCACCGAUGACAGUGGAGACAAUCAUGAACACCACAGCAAACACCGUAAGGAGAGAAGGCAUUUUGAGUCUGGUUCUUAUGAUGAAGAAUUGGAAAAGGCUUUGAGAGAAAGCGCCAAGGAAAGUGGUGUGCCCUUGAGUGACAUUGAGUCAAGGAGUACCAGGAAAAGGAGGGUGAAAGAAGAAGAUGAUAAAAGCAGCGGCGGGGCAUCGAGCCCGACGAAGAGGAAGAGACAUCUUCAAAGCGAUGAAGAGAUGGCUAGAGAUGGAUCUCUGGAUGACAAGACCGUAGAUGUUAAGAUUAACAUAGAGAGAGCAACAGCUGAACCCGAUGAUGGAGGAGAUGAUGAUGGAGAAGAUGAGGACGAACGUGGAGAAGACUCGGAAGAUGGCGACGGUGAGGAUGAGGCUGGAGAUGGAGAAGAAGGUGAUAAAAAUGACCUAGAAGGUGCAGCUGUUGUGAGUAAGUCUACUGAAAGAGAAAAACCUCUUGCUAGUGCUGGAACUGGUUCAGUUCCAACACUGUCAUCAUCUUCUACAAUUACAGCUACAUCGACGACUACUACGAAAAAGAAACCAGGCAGAGGCAAGGGCAAAUCUACUACUACAACUACAGUUACAUCCAAGAUAACGGCUCCAGCCUUGACUAAAGAAGAGCUCAUCAACCAACCUUCCAAGCCAAGGUUUGUAAAUUCAAAGUCUUCCAUAUAUGAACUUCGCAAGCGGACUGGUGCAAUUUUGGAGUGGUUGGGAAGAUCCCAGUUGGAACUUGAAGAAGAAAAAUCGUCAAAGGUAGAGCUCUUUUUGUAUCAUGAAGGAGGAGAUAAAAACGAUCAACAAAAGGUUAUAACGAAUAGCUACGAUAACAACUUGAAGUUGAUGGAGCAGUUGACUGAGAAGAUAUUAGACUGGGAACAGAAGUUUGGAAAGUAUGCUCCAUGA